AUGGAGCUACUCGAGGCACGGAUACAAUUCAUUCGAGCAGGUGCUCGCUCAGCGCGUACUGUGUCAAAAGUGUACCUAAAUCCUAGUGAUAUGGUGCAGUUUGGCUUGGAAUCGGGGGCUCACGUCGAGCUUUAUGCGUUUGACAAGGACAUGGGUACACGAAAACUGCUGCUUUGUGGACUGGCGUGGCCCAUGGACAAGAUCAAGCGACGUGGCGUUGGUCUCAGCUCCAUGUGGGAAGAGACAGUGGCGAAGAAAGAGGUUGCAAUGGUGACGGUCCAAAUGCUACAGAAUCCCAUCCCGACAGCCAAGAGCUUGAUGUUGCAGCUGGUGUCUAGAGCGUCGACACGCAAACGAAAGCUCUCGGAGAAGGAACGCAUGCUGUUGAUGCGGUGUGUUGCCGCUAUGAUUGACGGGUCUUUGUUGCAUGAGGAAUCGUUGAUUUCACUGCCUUUGCAUGGAGUCAACACUGUCUUCGAGGUACAGAAAGUUGAUGGAGAGACGGACAAAGACCAAAGGAUUGUAAAGGUCGUGGCGGCAACGACAGCGCUUACAAUAAUGUGGGAGGAAAAGCAGGAAAGUGAUGUGCUGGAAAGUAAGGGCAGCAGCUCUACUGAGAUGGCGAUGAGAACAAAGCAAGACGGGUUUGCGGCUAUAGGUGGUCUGCACAAGGAGCUGAAAGCCGUUCGAGAGGUGGUGGAACAACCGCUUACAAAUCCAGAGACAUUCGAGCGCUUCGGUUUGCCGGCUCCAAAAGGUGUGCUAUUGUUUGGUCCACCUGGCACGGGUAAGACAUUGAUUGCGAGGGCCUUGGCACGGGAAUUGAAUGCACGUGUGUUCACAAUCAACGGACCCGAAGUCGUGAGUAAGUUUGUCGGUGAAAGUGAGGCGAAUUUGCGGGCUGUAUUUGCACAAGCUGCUAGAGAGGCUCCGUCACUUGUGUUUAUUGAUGAAUUAGACGCCAUCUGCCCGAAGCGCGACUCCCGUGUGGGCGACAUGGAGCGACGUCUGGUGGCUACUUUACUUACACUGAUGGACGGAUUGAGCUCUUCUCGUCAAGUCGUCGUGCUGGCUGCUACUAACCGACCCAAUGCCCUUGACCCCGCAGUGAGACGACCAGGCCGUUUUGACCGCGAAGUUGAAAUUGGAAUUCCGACAGCCAACGAUCGACUGGAAAUUUUGCGCGUAGCUUUAAGACGGCUACCCCAUAAGCUUACCAACUCCGAACUCCUGGAGCUGAGUUCAAGCGCCUACGGGUAUGUUGGAGCUGACCUUAGCGCUCUUUGCAAGGAAGCUGCACUGCUAGCGCUUCAUCGUGCAUUCGCGAAUAGUGCUCAGUCGAGUGGGGCUGUUUUAGCGGAGAGUACUUCGCUUCCAUCCUAUCAAGUAACUUUAGGUGACCUAAAAGUUGCUAUGCGAGGAAUUCGACCAAGUGCUUUGCGUGAGAUUUCAGUGGACGUGCCUCGUGUGUUAUGGCGUGAUAUUGGUGGUCAGGAUGCGCUUAAGCAAUCUCUUCGGGAGGCGGUGGAAUGGCCACUGCAGCAUCCGGAAGCGUUUACUAGGAUGGGUAUUCGCCCUCCAAAGGGUGUGCUUUUGUACGGUCCUCCGGGUUGUAGCAAGACACUAACAGCAAAGGCGUUGGCCACCGAGAGCGGUAUGAACUUCAUUGCGAUUAAGGGACCAGAGCUAUUUAGCAAAUGGGUUGGGGAGUCAGAGCAACAAGUACGUGAGGUGUUUCGAAAAGCACGCGCUGCUUCGCCCACUGUGGUCUUUUUUGACGAAAUCGAUGCACUUGCCAGUACUCGUGGAACAGGCGGCAGUAGCGGUGCCUCCGACCGUGUGCUAAGUCAGCUGCUGACUGAGCUGGAUGGAUUGGAGCCUCUGAAGCGUGUUUUGGUAGUAGCUGCGACGAACCGGCCGGACCUUUUGGACCCGGCUCUAAUGCGACCGGGCCGCAUUGACCGUGCACUCUACGUGUCCCCACCAGACGUUUCUGCUCGCGAGCAGAUCCUGCGUAUUCACACUCGGCAAACACCACUGGCGUCAGAUGUGAGCAUGACCGAACUAGCCAUUGCAACUGCUCGGUAUUCAGGUGCUGAGCUUCAAGCUCUUUGUCGUGAAGCUGCUCUUCACGCGGUCGAAGAAGAUCGCGCAGCCAUGAAUGUAGCAAAGCGUCAUUUUGUGCAUGCGCUAUCAGUGGUGACACCGCAGAUCGAUGAUCAGAUGCUGGCAUUCUUCGAGCGAUUCCGGGACAAGCAACGGAGAUAG